AUGUCAUCCAGCGAGGAGCCCGACGCUCCACCCCCGGCCGCCGAGUCCCAAUCCACGCCACCGCCAGCUCUACCGCCCGCCGACGACAAGAAAAGCGACAACCCAGAGCUCGACCUUCAGAAGCUCCAGUCUCUACCAGCGGAGCAGCAGGAGCUGUUCCUCCUGACCUUUGUCACCGAUUUAACGAAAUAUGUACGCCAGCUCGACGCCGACGACUGCAGCGCGCAGCAGUUCUACCUCAAGAAGGAAGUCUUUCGCAUCAUCAACCUGGCUGCCCCUCAGCCGUCCAGGGUGGUCCGAAACAACCUGGGACAGUGCCUCGCCCACGUCUUCACCCACGGCGACCGCAAACUCCUCUUCGAGACGAUAAAUGACUUGGCCGGUAUUAUUUCUGGCGCCAGGUCCAAAUCCGACACGGAGACCCGCGCAAAGCAUGCCGCCGUUGUCUGCCUGGGCGAUGUCUACGCUGCGGCUGGAGACAGCGCGAUUGGACUGCACCAGCUCUGCUGCUCAGCGCUUAUCAAGCUCCUCAAAUCAUCUUCCAACAAUGCGGGUCUUCGUGGCGCCGUCUUUACGGCUCUGGCCAAGAUGAUUGGCAUCGUUGAGGGCUCCAUGGAAGAGAGCAUCGCGCGUGACAUCUGGAAGCAGGGUAGAAACCAUGCCUCCAGUGACAAGGGCUCCCUAGUUGUCAUCGCAGCUUCGCAGUCCCUCGGAGCUCUCUUAAAGCACACCACCUACUUUAGGAACUCGUCUGACUUUGACAAGUUGGAGUCGGCCAUGUUCAAAGCCUUUGACUCAUCCAUUGCGCAAGUUCGACACGCCGCCGCUAGCUGCCUCGCAGAAGCCUACGCGCAAGGCUACUCUGAAACUGCAUCUUCCAAACCCACCAAGAGCAAGAAGGCAGCUCCCAAACUGAAGCGUCAAUCCACACUCCCCGGCAUGGUCGGUGACGACGAUGACAUUCCUUCUCGUACAGCUAGUCCUGCACCAGGGACGAGGCGCAAGGAGGAUCUUGCCCUGUCACUUGGUGACAUCCUCCAUCAGCUGGUUGCCCAUUAUGUGAGGCCUACAACAUCAAAUCGCGCUCGAGCUGCUGUCGGUGUAUGCUUUGGCAAGCUGUUCCGCCGACUCGGUGAAAAUGUCAUUGAGCCAAACUAUCUACUCAUUGUUGAUACACUUACCACGGACAUUCUGGGCAAUCCAAGCAUUGCCAACAAUCGCUAUCGACUCUUGAUUUCGCGCAGAAUAAUUGAUACUAUCCUGUACGACGUCAUUGGAAGCAAAAUACUGGGAGAAUCUGGCCAGGUCAAGAUUGCUGAAGUCUUGAUUAACAACAUCCUGAAAAACUAUCCUGCCGCUUUACCUCAACGUCCCGAGCCCUCAAAGCAGACCCUCAUCACAGCUCUGCGCGCCGUCGCAGCUUUGAUUCAGUCUUUGGGAUCUGCUACAAAUAAAUUUGCCGAAUCGUGCCGCGAUGGCUUGCUGCAAGUAUUCCAGCACCCCAGUUAUUCCGUACAAGUGUUCGCCUCACAGUGUAUGAAAAUUUUCACAGUGGCGUGCCCUCAACAACUGUUACCAUGCUUGUCUGUCUGCAUGAACAGCCUGAGUCGAGAGCUUUCCCUUCUCGCCGGUGGGAGGAAUUCCCAAAGACGGUGCAUUGGUUUGGCGCAUGGUUUGGCAGCGACUCUCAGUUCAAGCCCGCUGCGACCACUACACGGCUCGCUAGAUAUCAACAGUCGCGUUCUUACCAUGGCGACCAAUCUACUCAAAUCUUCGGGCCAGUCCGAGCUCCGAGUCUCAAGUACCCAGAUUCAAGUUGCCUGGAUUCUGAUAGGCGGCCUCAUGUCUCUCGGGCCGAAUUUCGUCAAAAUACAUCUAUCACAGCUUCUUUUGCUUUGGAAGAACGCGCUGCCGAAGCCACUGGCCAAAGAUAGCACUACAUCGAGGAGUCUCCUCGAAGCUUCGUUCCUCACACAUGUGCGGGAGUGCUCUCUGGGGUCCAUAUUGGCGUUCCUUGAAUUCAACAAUCGCCUAUUGACGGUGGAUGUAUCUAAACGCAUUGCCACCAUGCUUCAGAGUACAACAGCCUUCCUGAAAACCCUUCCAAACAAGAAGACCACUGAGGAUGUUUCGCAGCGCUUAACGCCUGCAAUUCAACUCCAAGAUCUUGAAAAAAUGGUUCAACGUCGCGUUCUGCAGUGCUAUGUCAAAUUGGUCAAUCAGAGCCCUGCGGGUGGCAGCGAAGCUCUUCUACAGUCCAACCUACUCACUCUCGCCAUUUCUCUUUUUGCAGACCCCGAAAACUACUCGGCCAACUCACUAAGCGCCUCCAUUGCCAAUGCUGCGGCCACCUAUGAGUCUAUUUGGGAUGUGGGUGACAAUGAUGGCUUUGGCCUUACUGGCCUUGUUUGUGGCUUCAAUGUCCGUAGCUUGCCUGGCCAGCACGAGUCCACCAUCCAGGUCGUAUCCAAACCCAACUCGCCCGAGGAAGUCAUUGACAGCAUCCUGCUAUCACCCAUCUGCGGCAGUCUGGAGCAUGAUGCCUCUGCCCUCUACAUCGGUAGUCUGGAUCUCAACGAAGUCAGACCUGAUCCGCCAGCUACGGAAGUAGUCAAUAUGGCAAUCCAACUGUUCGCCUUUGCUUUUCCCCUCACACCCGCCAAAGUUCAGGAGAGUAUUCUUGAGCAGGUUCGAACUUUCGGAUCUUCCGGUUCUCUCCAGCGCGAUCUUGCAAGAAAUGCAGCAAUUAGUGUCAAUGUGGCCACGGCGAUAUUGGCGACUAUGCGAGUUGCGACAAAAGAGACAAAGUCUCCAGCUGGCGAUGUCGCCAACUCUGCUGUGGAAAAGCUACUGCAGGAUAUCGUUCGGGACUUUGUCAUUGACCAAGAUCAGUAUGUGCGAAGCCUCGGAUAUGCAGCUAUGGCUAGACUCUGCAACGUAUAUGGAAACGCAUUCACGAAUCACGAAAUCAAGUAUUUGGUGGAUACCAUUGUCAGUAACCGCGAGCCUAGUGCACGGGCAGGCUGUGCCAUGGCGCUUGGUUCCAUCCAGACCAAAGUAGGUGGUAUGGCCGCUGGAUAUCACCUCAAGACUAUUUUGGGUAUCCUAAUGUCUCUCUGCAAUGACCCUCAUCCGGUUGUGCACUACUGGGCUAUAGAGGCUUUGUCUCUUGCUGCCGAUGCGGCCGGCUUGAGCUUCUCAGCUUACGUUCCAAGCACUUUGGGAAUGCUUGCGCAAUUAUUUGUCUCUGAGACACAUCACCCGGAGAUUCCGUCUGCGAUAACAAUGGCCCUUGAGACUGAGCUCUCUACGUCAGCAGCCAUCGCUCGAUGCAUUGAUUCCUUGAUCAACGUACUAGGCCCAGACCUGCAGGACUCCAAGAAAUCGAGGGAGCUCAUUUUCACGCUCGUUGGACAGUUCCAAGAAUCUGAGGACAAGCAAGUUGAAGACGCUGCUUUGAUGUGCUUCGAACACCUCUCUCUAUACGCUCCCGGAGAGAUGCAUUACUCGGACUACGUUCGGUUGCUUCAACGAUACCUGUCAUCCGAGCAUGGCGAGCUGCGAGACGCUGCUAUCGAGGGAAUACACAACAUGAUGAAGCGAAACCCGCGUGAUGUCUUGAGAGACGCCGAGGCUGGAUUUGAAGACAAACUGUGGCUGCUGCUCGACGCCGCGCCAGAACACGACGGGAUCAAAAAUAUUAUUAGGAACUGGCUUCAACAGACGUGUCUCGUUGAAACGAAUGAAUGGCUGGACCAACUUCAGAGGGUUCUGCGGCUUACGCGCGUCAAGGAAAAAACCGAGGUGGCUGUGGCAAAGUCAUCUCGCGGCGCGGUCGACUUGAACGACGAAGAGGUUGCCGGCUUCGCCGCCGCCGCCACUGAAACGACCAAGGAUGGCAAGGAUGGCAAGGAUGGGAACUCUGAUGCUGAGCCUCUGCGUUGGCAGGUGACCACUUUCGCCAUCUCUUGCAUUGGGGAUAUCUUUACCCUGGUUGCCAAGGACGUAGCUGCGAACGGCGACUCGGUGGCUCAGAUAGCACUCCAGAACAAGAUUGCUGAAGUUGUUCGCAUGGCAUUCUCCGCGUCGACAUCUGGCGUCCUGGAGCUGCGCAUUUGGGGACUAAAGAUCAUCGGUGCCGUCUUGAAAAUGUUUGGCAAAACACCGGACCCCGACUUCGAAGAAGCUAUGCUACUUGAGCAAUAUCAGGCACAAAUCAGUUCCGCUCUGACGCCAGCGUUUGCUGCUGACUCGUCUCCGGAGCUCGCUUCGGAGGCAGUCAAUGUCUGCGCCAGUUUUAUCUCCAUUGGUAUCGUUACGGAUGUCGAGCGCAUGGGCCGCAUUCUAAAAACCCUCGUCAGCGCUUUGGAAAAUUUCUCAUCGGACAACGAGAAUGCAGGUAUCGGCGAUCUCAAAGGCCUUUCGUCAAACGCUCAGACCAUGGUCAAAAUUGCCGUUUUUUCGGCCUGGGCCGAGCUUCAAGUCGCAAGCAGCGAGCAAAAGUACCUGCUGGAUGUUCUCAAACCGCAUAUUGGCACGCUGACGCCGCUCUGGCUGGAAUCACUACGCGAGUUUGCCCGUCUGCGAUUUGAGCCCGAUAUUUCCAUGACACUAGGACCUCCAUCACUGUCUGGAAGUCUGGACUCAAUCUACGCUGCCCUAAAUCGUGAGACGCUUCUCAAGUUCUACCAAGAUGCGUGGUUGAAGCUUGUUGAUGCCAUUGCCUCGCUGAUUGAGCAGGACAGUGAGUUUGUUUUUGAUGCCCUUGACGGCAAGGAAUCGAGCGAGGCCACUACGAAUGGACAUCGCAAAGCCGGCAUCAACUACCGCGAUGAGCCCGUGGCCUUCUUCUUCGUCCUAUUCGGGUUGGCCUUUGAAUCACUUGCCAUACGGCCUGGCCACUCUGAUUCGCUGGCUACACGCGACCAGACACUCGCCAUUCUCCAGGCGUUGAAGCGUAUCCUGCAUCCCAGCGUCUCUGGACACGCCAUCUACCGCCCCGACGUAUUUGCUGAGACGAUGGACCUCCUUGACCGCCUUGUAUUGACAGAAGGCAUUGACGUGCAAACUGUCAUUGUCGACAUUGCCCGCGCCAUGUGUGUCACACACCCCUCUGCCCGCCGCCAAGGGUCUGAAGAAGGUGAUCUGUCAGAGGACAUUGAUCAACUUUUUGAGCUGACAAGAAUCAUUGUCCUUGUCCUGUCGGGCUUGUUGCCAAACUUGAACGAAGGAAACCAGCCAGUACGACACCAAAUCAACGAGGAGACACUUGUCCUAAUCCGCUCAUCUCUGGAUGCUCUUGUCGAUGCCGCCGAGGUAUUCCCAGCCAUAAUAAAGUCGGAUUUGCAUGCAUGCAUCAUUCACAUCUUUGCAACCAUACUCGCCACACCUAGUUGCCAGGAACUUAUCGUCCCACAAUCGCUAGCCACGUUCAAACGCUUCAUUGGCAGCAUGAGCGCCUCGCGGAAGAUUGCGCCCGAUGGUUCCUCGGCGACUGAUGUGCAGCUACAGGGUUGCCUGCGCCGCUUCCUCUCCAUCUAUCUCAAUGCUCAAAAGCGUGAAGCGUCAACGUCACUCAUAUGCGUCAGAAAUUGCUUGCUAGCAACAACCAUUCUCUUUACUGGUGGAAAUAACCAGCUUCCUGCGUCUGAGCCGCUAGUCGUGAGAUAUCUUGACGAGCUUCUGGACUGUCUCACCGACCGCAUGACUGCCAAAAUUGCCGCCAACUGCAUUCGAUCGUUGCUCUUGCAAAGUUCGCCCUCGUCGUCCGACGCCACCAUUGCUCGGUACCUCGUGCCCCGUCUUAUUACCUUUGUCACCAACGUGGAACCUGAGGACCCCGGGCAAGCGCGCUCCCUCGUUGCGCAUAGCUUGUGCCUUUACGUCGGCACCGUCGGCGUCGAGCGCACCGCCGCUGCCAUGUCCCUCGUCAUUCCCAUGCUCAUGGCCCGCGCGACGGCCGAGGGCGAGGAACGAUACCCGGAGACGAGCGCCCGGCUGCUCGAAGUGGCAGCAGUCAAUCAGGACGCCUUUCGGAGCAUCGUCGGCGGCAUGAGCGCCGCCCAGCGGAGCCUGCUGGAGGAAGUGGUGCGCUUGGCGCGACAGGCGUCGAGCAUCGCGAGCCAGAAUAAUACGGACGCGUCAGGGCAGCCAGCUAUUCAGCUCAAGAUGAACUUUGGUGGUACAUCAUGA